CGUGAGGUCUGACAGCAGCGGCUGGCUGGAGAUGAGCACAAGAUGAGACGGGAAGCUGCGGACUUGUUGAGUUGCGGAUAAACCUUGUGAACGCUGACACAAACAACGAGCACAGCAGCAUUUCCAGCGAGGUUCAGGUGGUGUGAGUGUGAUGCGGGGAAGCGUGUUUUCCCCACAUCUCUGACUCAGCCUGGUUCGCACAGCUAGCUUGUGAGGACAGCAGACUAGCGACGUUACCAAGCUCAGCCACCUGUGUUGACAUGUUUUGUUUAUUAGCGGGAGUUCGCCGAGCCGUCCGCGGGUUGUCUCCUUGUUAGAGUCCGCCUGGCCGAGGGGGACCAUGUCCGACAUGAGCACGCCACCUGGGGACGGAGAAACCGGGGUCCCCUUGGAUUAUGUAAGGGAAGAAGUGUGUGUGUCUACCUGUGGUGGAGAGAACAGCAGACAUGAACUGGAGGCCUGUUCGAGCAGCAACGAGGUGAAGAGCAGUGCUGUGGUCAAGUACUCGGCCGCCCCGCCUCCCACCAGCUACGCCCUGCUGCAGGAGAAGACGGACCUGAAGCUGCCGCCUGCCAACUGGCUCCGAGAAAACCCUCAGCUUGGCAGCGCGGGCACCACCGUGCUGGGCUCCAGCAGCAAGAGCAAGCCUUUUUCCAGUUUUGGGAUGGCGUAUGACUUCAUUGAUUCCAUCGGGGAUGAUGUUGACGUGGUGUCAGACUCAGAGAACAUCAAGAAGCUUCUGAAAAUCCCCUACAGCAAGUCCCAUGUCAGUAUGGCUGUUCACCGCGUGGGGAGGACCCUGCUUUUGGAUGAGCUGGACAUUCAGGAGCUCUUCAUGAGGUCCUCUCAGACAGGGGAUUGGACAUGGUUAAAAGAGUUUUACCAAAGGCUGAUAGACCAGAAGUGGCAGAGGAAAAAGAAGAGCAAAGAACACUGGUACCAAAAAGCAAUCCUGUCAAAGUUCCUCUACUACAGUAUAAACGGUGAUGGUGCUGCAGAGGCUGUACCGGACAGCCUGAAUGAAGGGGAGGAGGAGGGUGAAGCAGAGGAGUUCAGUCCCUCCUGGCCGGCCACCUUCACUAACACACCGUCUGACUCAGAGGAAUCAACUGCUCCCAAAGAGGAAAGUGUUUCUGUGGACAGCAAGUUUGCUCUCGGCCAGGUGACCUCCGUCCCCAAAGAGCAAAAUCUCCCGACGCUGUUCAACGAGGGUGAAAACAGUCAGGGUUUAAGGAACGACUUUGUGCGGAACAUCAUGUGGACGUUUGAGGAUAUUCACAUGCUGGUUGGGUCCAACAUGCCGAUUUUUGGAGGUGGUCGCUACCCUGCUGUCAGCCUACGGCUCAGGGACAACAAUAAGCCAAUCAACAUCCUGACAGGUAUCGACUACUGGCUGGACAAUCUCAUGUGCAACGUUCCAGAGCUUGUCAUGUGCUUUCACGUCAACGGCAUUGUUCAGAAAUAUGAGAUGAUAAAAACAGAAGACAUCCCUGACCUGGAGAACUCCACUUUCUCCACCAGGGUGGUGAAAGACAUCGCUCAAAACAUCCUCUCCUUCCUCAAGUCCAACUGUACCAAAGAGGGUCACACAUACUGGCUCUUCAAAGCCAGUGGCAGUGACAUUGUGAAGCUGUAUGAUCUCACCACGCUGUGUGAGGAGGCUGAAGAGGAGAAAUGUCAGAAUCCUUUCACCCUUCCUGUGGCUGUGCUGCUCUACAAAGUGGCCAGCAACAUGAUGCUGAAGGCCAGGCAGAACAGGAAGCACUAUGGGACAAUCAGAACUCUGCUCUUAAACUGUGUCAAACUGCUGGAUGAAGAGAGGCAUCCCCAGAUCAUCGCCUCGGCCCACUACAUGCUGUCAGAGCUGUUCCAGCUAGAUGAGCCCGAAGAAGAUGGAGGGGAGUCGCUCCGGGCCGGCGGCUCAGAGGACAGCUACAGCGACGAAGAGGGGGAGGAAGAGGAAGAACUGCAGGAGGAUAGCGAUGACAACGGCUCUCAUAGCACCUGCUCCGACCCGCAGGAUGACAGUAAAGCUGUGGCUGUGAUCCGCUCUGUAGGAGAGCUGUCUGUGCCCGAGAAAUACAGGUCCACCCACCAGAUCAGACCAAGUUAUGUUUUCCCCGUGUCUCAAGAUAAAGAGGAGAGAUGCAGACACGUCCUGAGCUGUGUGCUAAAAGGAUUGAAAGCAGUGGAUGGCAGCAUCAAGAAGGAGAGUGAUCUUCCAGCUGCAGACCCCAACACACCUAUUCCUCUCAAAUAUGAGGACAGAAGUGCGAGCGGAGCCUGUGCUGCUGAGAAAGGCAUCGCCCUCCUUCUGGACAGAGUGGGACCAGUCCAAGAGGACCAGAAGCACCCGACCCGCUCAGGGAUGAUCCCUGGCUCCUGGCAGCACCGCAUGAAACUACAGCUCUUCCUGAAGGCCUCUAAGGCCUACUAUGUCCUGUCUGAUGCAGCCACCAACUUGCUGAAGUACGGGCGAGCUUUGCGCUACAUCAGGCUGGCUCUGCAGUGUCAUGAUGCCUAUUGUUCAGUGAGCACUACGUUGCACCCACGGGUGCUACUGUUUCACAGCCAGUGCCUGUCUUUGUGUGGGGACAUCCAGCUGAUGUUGGCCCAGAAUGCCAGCAACAGAGCAGCAUACCUGGAGGAAUACAGCUACCAGACCAAAGAGGACCAGGAGAUCCUGCACAGCCUUCACCGAGAGAGCAGCUGCCAGGCCUUUAACAUGGCAACAGACCUGGCCAUGGACCCAGAGUACCAGCUGUUUGUCAGCAGUAAGUGCUACGAGGCAGCGUAUGAUCUGCUCAUUUCCGGGGCUGUGAAAGACCAGGGGCCAGACCAGCUGGCUCAGGUGCUCAAAAGACUGGGGAACAUCCGCAAUGAGAUGGGGGUCUACUAUAUGAACCAGGCUGCAGCCUUGCAGGCUGACAAAGAAGCGAAGAGGUCGGUGUCUGUGGCUGAGCAGGAGAUGUGGAAGAAGAGUUUUGCUUUCUUUGAGAAGGGCAUGAAGGACUUUGAGGCCAUUGCGGACAACACCAACACGGCCUUGCUGCUGUGUAACACUGGGAGGCUGAUGAGGAUCUGCGCCCAGGCACACUGUGCCGUCUCUGCCGACCAGAGCAGAGGGGAGUUCUCUCCAGAGGAGGCCCUCUACUACAAUAAGGCCAUAGACUACUACCUGAGGGCGAUGAAGUCGCUGGCGAGCAGAGAGAGCCACCCAGCAGUGUGGGACAGUGUGAAUUGGGAGCUGUCCACCACCUAUUUCACCCUGGCCACUCUGCUGCAGGAUUAUGCCCCACUGUCGAGGAAGGCCCAGGAGCAGAUUGAGCGUGAAGUCACUGAGGCCAUGAUGAAGUCUCUGAAGUACUGUGACCUGCAGACAGAGUCAGCUCGCCAGCCACUCUACCAGUACAGAGCCGCCACCAUCCACCACCGCCUGGCCUCCAUGUACCACAGCUGCUUCCGUAACCAGGUGGGGGAUGAACAUUUGAGGAAGCAACAUCGGAGCCUGGCAGAGCUGCAUUACAGCAAAGCUGUGCGUUUAUUCCUCAGUCUCAAGGAUGCACCCUGUGAGCUGCUGCGCACCCUGCUGGAGAGGGUGGCGUUUGCUGAGUUUACCAUGGCGGGUCAGAGCAGCAGUGGGGCUAAACUGAAGACCCUGACUGGAGCUCUGGAGAUCAUGACCGAGACUUGCUACGCCUUCCAGAUCAUUCAUAAGGAACUGCUGGAAGAACAGACACAGCUGAAAAAAUCAGACCCAGCCGAGCCAACAGAGAACCCUGAAGCGCCAGAAAGUCCCUCCUCCUCAGGAUUGAACCUCCAGGAAGUAAUGAAAUUGAUUGGUGUGUUUGAGCCAAGUUUGUCCUUCCUGCUGCUGCAGCUGGUCAAACUGAUGACGGCCAUGAAGCGCAAACCAAGCAAUAAGGACGACGAGCAGUUGAAGUUGUAUAAGAAUGUGUACUCCAAGCUGCUCCGUGCCGAGAAAAAUGCCCCCCUCCUCAGCCGUGUGGAGCUCUACAUGGAGCUUCUGCAGCAGCUGAACCCACAAACAGGAAGUGGAAACACAGGGGUGUGUUCAUGAUACAGACAUAAACCACCAAAACAAAGACCCUCAGGAGUUUGACUGCCCUCCACACACAGCCGGAAGUCCAAGUCCAGGUCCUCGGAGACGGUUCACUUGCACUUAACCUGUCUUAUUGAAAGCAGUGUGACUUGAGUUUGUAGGUGCUGUGGAAAGUAGCAAACUAACACCCCACCUCUCAGAAAACAAAGAUCUACCGGUUCAACCACAGACAAAUGCUCAGGCAACUCUAUCCCACACUUGAUGGCAGUUUCAAAGCUAACUUCACCACCUGUGCCUUAGUCAGUCAUGGCUUCAUUGCUCAUUUCAGACACUUGCGUCUCACGUUUUGGAUUGUAAAUUUUUGUGAAAAUGGUUGUAAAUUCUGAAGAGAUGAACAGUUUGCUUGUUGACCCAAAACAUAAGGGCCAGAUUUACUGAAGAUAAAUCAUCUAACACAAAUCCACUUGGGUGAUGUUGAUUCAUUUCUACAAAAUUGGUGUUUUGAUAUUCAAUAAUACCAAUGAUGCUGUGAAGAAUAACUAUAAAGUGUGUUUGCUUACAAGUGCUGGAGUAGAAAUGAGCUCAAAUGUGUUGAAGGUGUUCACUUUUCCAAAAAUGACAAUGUGCAAUAGCCAGGCAAUGUUCAGUGCAAACACUAAUCAGAGGCUAGUUUGUCCACAUUGCUGUAUGUUUGAAUGUGAGUUUAUAUCAGCAUGUUUGACCUCAAAUAAAAGUUUUUUUUUUUUUUU